AUGUAUCAUAAAUCCCUGUCAUUUCAAAUUACAAACUUGGUUUGUUCCAACAUAAACAAAAUUGGCUUUACUGUAUGGGUAAGAAAACUUGAAAUUGUUGAGAGCUUAUGUUAAGUGUUAAGUGUUAACUUGUAGUCGUGACUUAUCAAAUUUAUAACAGUAAAGCCCCAUCUCUUAGAAUGUGUGGUAUGUGAUUUCAGCACCUUAAAUGGGAUCAAUCUUGGUUCAAUUACAAUUUAAAACCUGAGAGAUUCUUUUCUAUUUUUAAUCCUCUAAAUGACAUCAUUUAUUGUCUACUGGAAAUCAAUGUAGGAAAUCAUGUUAGUCCACUAAGCACUUCAGAUAAGGUGAUUUCAUGAAACAUUCCAAGAUUAUCACAGGGAAUUGCUCUCAUAUGCCAUAAAAGCAGGAGAAAGAAGCAGAGCGUAGGCUGCUGAAGGAGUUUACAGUUUUACAGCUCCACCCACUGCAGCGCAUAAGUCACUCAGUUACUGUUAACUUGGGGUUAUCACUCACAGAUCGAAAGCCUGGCAGCGCUCACACACCCCGGGCUUGUGGUGGCACUGGAUGUGUGGCUCUAAGUCAAUGAUGAGGGUAUCGGAACCGAUACUGGACAUGGAUAUGGCAAAUUACAGUGAAGUUCUGGACCCAACGUAUACAACCUUGGAGUUUGAAACCAUGCAGAUUCUGUAUAAUUCAAAUGAUAGCUCUGCCCCAGAGACGACAAGUAUGAAUACCGCAGACAACGGUGUCAACUGCCUGUGUGCCAUAUGUGGGGACAGAGCGACGGGGAAGCACUAUGGGGCAUCCAGCUGUGACGGGUGCAAGGGCUUCUUCAGACGCAGCAUACGCAAGAGUCACGUGUACUCGUGCAGGUUCAGUCGGCAAUGUGUUGUUGACAAGGACAAAAGGAACCAAUGUAGAUAUUGUCGAUUAAGAAAGUGUUUUAGAGCAGGAAUGAAAAAAGAAGCUGUGCAAAACGAACGCGACCGGAUCAGCACUAGAAGGAGCACUUUCGACGGCAGCAACAUCCCCUCCAUCAACACGCUGGCGCAGGCAGAGCUCCGGUCUCGCCAGAUUUCAGCUUCAAGCCCUGGUGCAAGCACGGACAUAAAUGUUAAGAAAAUUGCCAACAUUGGUGAUGUCUGUGAAUCCAUGAAACAGCAGCUCUUGGUCUUGGUGGAAUGGGCGAAAUAUAUUCCUGCGUUCUGCGAGUUGCCCCUGGAUGAUCAGGUGGCUCUGCUGAGAGCUCAUGCAGGGGAACAUUUACUGCUUGGAGCUACAAAGAGAUCCAUGGUGUAUAAAGAUAUUUUGCUUUUGGGAAACAACUACAUUAUCCAGCGCAACAGCUGUGAGGUGGAGAUCAGCCGCGUGGCCAACCGGGUCCUAGACGAGCUGGUCCGGCCGUUUCAGGAAAUUCAGAUUGAUGACAACGAAUACGCUUGUUUGAAGGCCAUUGUAUUUUUUGAUCCAGAUGCGAAAGGGCUGAGCGACCCCAUGAAGAUCAAGAACAUGCGGUUCCAGGUGCAGCUGAGCCUGGAGGACUACAUCAACGACCGGCAGUACGACUCGCGCGGCCGCUUCGGCGAGCUGCUGCUGCUGCUGCCCACGCUGCAGAGCAUCACCUGGCAGAUGAUCGAGCAGGUCCAGUUCGUCAAGCUCUUCGGGGUGGUCAAGAUCGACAACCUGCUGCAGGAGAUGCUGCUGGGCGGUGCUUCCAAUGAUGUCAGCCAUCUCCAUCACCCGAUGCAUCCACAUUUGUCUCAGGACCCAUUAACUGGACAAACCGUACUUUUAGGCCCCAUGUCAACACUGGUUCACACGGACCAGAUCUCAACGCCUGAAACCCCGCUCCCUUCCCCACCACAAGGCUCUGGACAAGAACAAUACAAAAUAGCUGCAAACCAAGCUUCCGUCAUUUCACACCAGCCUCUCUCCAAACAAAAGCAGUUGUGAGGACGUUUACUUCUGAGCAGCACUGCACAAUGUGAAAAAUUACUGGUCUUGAAAUAUCUCAGGAUAGUGCUUUUGGCAAACUCUUAGCCAAGGCCUCUUCAUGGUGCUGUUGUAAGAUGGUGACCUGUUUUCUCGUUUUUAUGCUCUUUUUGUUUGUUGUUGCUAUUGUCUGAAACCUUCAGCCGCAACCACUGUAUGUCUGCGUUUUGAUACGUUUAUACCAUAUGAUUUUUCCAGCUUCCUUAGCGCCGCGCCUUAAGCAGUUGAAUCUUAUGUAUACUUCCAUUUGUUGCCUUAAUAUUAAUUUAAAUCUGUAAAUAAUUGCUUCAGGGUGAUGUUAUGCAGAACUCAGUGUUGUCUUUUGACUGAGAAUAUUAGAUCAGAAAUCCCAGAUUAAUAUACAAUGAACCACGUCUGUAAUAAAUUUUAAACUUGCAAAUUAGAAAAAAUAAAGCAGUUGCUGUAGAAUAAGGCAUAGAUCUUUGAACAACAAUCCCUUAUGGAUACCCUGUGGCUAAGAAGCGUCUUUUUGACUCACAUUUAAAAGUGCCUAUUUUAAGUUUAGAAAAAUACAAACAGCCAUUCCAAGGAUAACUGCAUAUCUUUUCAAAUCUGACUGUAUGUGAAGAGGUAUGGUAAGAUAAAAGGUUUUAGUUUUAGCAGAUAGGUUACAGGCAAAAGUGUAAAAAAGAAAUCCCUGACAGUGGCUCAACCAAGAGAGAUGUUUAUUUCUCUAUCCUGAAAAAACCUGGAAAUCAUCAUCAGUUGACCAGGACUUGGCGCAUGCCCACCUCUAAUGCCCAGGGAUGCCAGGGGAGCAGGGA